AUGGGGAAACAAACCCGAUCACUCCCGCUGGGAGUGGGUCUGGGUGUGGCCCUGCUGCUGAUGGCACUUACCAUCACCACCACUAUGGUCAGUGGAGAAUUCAUCUUUGAUGACGAUUUCGAGGAUCUGAUCGCGGACGAAUCGAACGUGGACGAAGAGCUGAUGCCGGGCUCGGUGUUGCUGCCCUCGGACGUGUUCAACGAUGGUAAACCUUUCCUGGUCGAGCGUGACCCUUCAACCGGGGCGCUCGAUUUCAUGCACAAGAAAACGGGCAAUCAGAUCGACCUGGACGACGCGAAGCCGUACGAAUCGAUCAAGGACAGCUAUGUGAGCGACAAGAAAGACGUCAUUGUGCAUCAUUCGACGCCAAACUUUCACGACUUUCUCAACCUGCCUAAGAUGUACUCGCCCGAGAACUUCGUCUCGAUAUCGAGCUCAUACGCGAACCUCAAGUACCAGGGUAUCAACAAAGGCUCGAACCACAGGGAUCCCGGUAACACCCACAUAGUGGCUGCCACCUCAGCAACUCCAGCACCUCCGACUGUCACAACAACUAGCACGGUUGCGACUCCUGCGGCUACCUCGACGCGGUACUUCUACAAUCGGCCACAAUACGGACGACCUGCUCAAGGUGGAGCAAGCUCUAAUUUAGGCUCUGGUUCCGGAGGGUAUUACAACUUCCCGGCUACAUCAGGGCGUCCUAUCACGAAACCCACUACAACGUCGACGACCUCAACGACAACCACGACGACAACGACAACACCUGCUCCAGAGACAACGACGGAGACGGCUAAACCGACAGCUACACCUCCGAAACAGCUGUUUACACGCUACCCUUACAAGAGCACGAUCAAGAACAAGUACCUCGAGACGUCCGAGCAGACGCGCAAGAAGUUCUUCCUUCCAUCAACGCUAGCUCUUCCAGGACCGACGACGACGACCACCACCACAACUACCACCACAGAGCGAGCUCCAUUGCGCUCUUCCACCUACUACGCGCCUUCUUCCAUCCGCCCACACUGGCCCUCUACCGGAAGUACCUUCCAGACGUCACAAACGACGCCUCAGAGCACGACAGCACCUGCCAAUCCCGUUCGUUUCGUGGAUGACUCGACGAACCAGUCGAAGAUCAAGUUCACAAUGCCAGCACUUAAGUACGAAGGUUCUCGGCCGGCUCCUUUCCGUCCGAUGGCGCCACAACAGGAUUCGGACCGAGAGACGGUGGCAGCAAGCUCAGCAAGCACCAAGAUUGAGCUACCGAAGAACCCAGCUGUCAUGUCGCUGUCAGACAUCUUCAGUACGAUUGAGCAGAAGAAACGGCUCGAGUCGCAGCAGGCGGAGACGAAUCGCGUUGAGGAGCAACCGGAUGAGGAUGAACCGUUGCCAACGACGGCUCCAGCGAUCGUCCUGCUGGAUGGCGGACCUGCUCAAAGACCGGCUACGACUGGACCUCGGAUCGUGCAAUCGAUCGAUCUGUCAGAUCAGUACGUUCGCUAUGAGGUACAUCCGCAGAUGCAGCAGCAACAGCAACAGCAGCAGUUCACCCAAUAUCACGUGCAGCAGCCAAACGGACACCGUCCUCAGCCACCAGCCAUGGAUGCAAUGGGAGAGCAGUAUGUGAAGUACGAGGUACAACAACCUCAGCUAAACGUGGUAAAAUACGGUGCCGUGCCGAGCAUGAACAGUGUGGUGAUCAGCCCCAACCAGCAUUCGGCUACGUUCGUCCUUGGCUCGCAGCAAUCCGUCGGAAGUAGCGUCAGUACAGGUGCUCAUCCUGAAUCCGGUGGCCAUUUCGUGGGAUCGGUCUCACAGGAUAGUGCGUCGGCGGCAGCUUUGAGUGCUGGCCGACCAUCCUACCAGAUGGGUCAGGUGUUGGACCUUGACUCACCUCAUGACCCGGCAAAUCUGGGCCCAUCGGUUCAGGUGAAGCCACAGGACAUCAUCAAAACGACUAGCGUGCGGUUCCCGAGUGAAUCCGACGAUAAGUACGACAACGCGCCCAUCAUCAGUGGUACGCAUAAAUCUGAGGUCCUACCACCGAACGGACACUCGGCGCCGGUACGUUCCGAUCAGAUGGUCGUGUUUCCACCCAAUCAGGACAUCGCCAGCACACUGCAUGAGGUUUCGAACCGCAUCGUGUUCGAUUCCCCAUCCGCACCGAGUGAAACGCUCAAUCGUAACGAGCUCUCAGUAGCGCCGAAUCCUCACUAUCCUUCCGAUCUGCCUGAACAGCUGACACCUCCGUCGUCACCGGAACGACCGGAAUUGGGUAAACCACGUCCGAGACCACCGGUACCCUCGCAAGGACCUCCCUUCCGGUAUAGCGAAAUCCAACGCCGUCCACCAACGUACCCAAGCGAUCGACCCGUACAUCGGCCUACACUAACACUGCCAAACAUUUUGCCACAGUUCCGGCCGAACGCUAAGAUAUCCCAAGGACAUCCGCCAUACCCGAAGGACUCGGGUGUGUACCGUGUGCCGAUCAAGGCGGGACCACCACUGAGAAAACCGGCCACAUUCAAUCACCCACCAGGGACGACGGCCUUGCGAAGGACACCACUGCCUACGCGGCUCAUGACACGGCUUAGUCCUUCACCAAGCCGAGCUCAAUUGCCACCGGUGUCGGCUGAACUGGAAAAUCGUCGGUAUUAUCGACUUCCACCUCUACCGCCACAGCCAACUUUGCUUAAAGAUCGUGUGUACAAUAUCCAACCGACGAGACUACAACCACCACCGCCGCCACCACCACCAGUGGCGACUUCCUCGGAAAAGCCCAAUGAACCGCUCGAAGACAGCGAGUUCCAUCGCAAUCCACCACAGAUCCUGCGUAACAUCCUGAAGGACGAUCUACAGCAGCAGUCACAGCAACGACCCAAGCUCGAGCCGGUCGUUACGCUGCAGAUGUUGCAGUCGAAGAAGCAGAUUGGCACUUCGCCACCCGGUCAGGACUCGCAGGUGAAGGAUAAUACGCCACAAGCCCCACAACAACAGCCCGACGGUGCCAGCAAGGAACGUCCGGUGUACGUCGUGUAUCCGGUCAAAAGCACGCCGGUUCGGUUAGAUGGAAACCCGAACGGGGAUGCGUUGGGUCAUCGGGGUGAGCAACCGCCCUUGGUCAAGGUCAUCAGCCCGGGUACGGAGUACCAGAACACACCGUUCUCGAUCGCGUCCCACUUCGAGCAGGAACCGAUUCUGACGGCGAAACACCGGAAACCGAAUCCACACGGUAAGCUCAGCUUCCCGUACAGCCUCGAGAAGCCGGAUCCGGUGGCGUUGACACAACCACUGGACCGGAAGCCGGAAGCUGUGCAGGACCUUGCAGAAUCCGACACCGAGUACAACCUGGGCGAAGAACCGUCUGUGAUUGGUUUGCGUGAUCAGGAUCAGGACCUAAUCUCGAGCAAACUGCAGCGAUUCCAGACGGACAGCACACCGAUCGCGAUCGCGUACACACCCACGGAGUCGAGCCCACUGCAGCGUUACAGCAAACCGGCCUUUACCGGAGUGUCACAGGCGACGAACAACUUCUACUACUCACCGUACGGUGAAACGCAAACCGAGGUGUCAUACCUGAAGAUCGAUGAUGUGGACGAGUUCGGGAACCCGUCGCGCCGGUACGAGCAAAGUUUCCAGGCACCGUUCCAGGCCAGCAUGAGCCUCGAUCCGGUCAAGGUGACCAACCCGUAUGAGGGCUGGGCAGUGGUUACAUCAUCACCGCAGGCGCUCAAGCUCCAGCAGCAGGUGCAGCAACAACCGCAGCAAAAUACGGUCCAUUCAGAGUCCUCCGUGGUGCACAAGCACAUGAGUAGUGGCCCUAAUACGAUCGAUCGGUCUGAUUUGGGUGACACGACGUCCACUGGAUCGGGUGAUGAAGGUGAUGAGCAUCGUGGAACACCGUCGGAGACCUCUUCAAGUUCGUUCGAUGCGGACAGCUUCCAGCCAGAGCUACAAGGUGGCUUCCGGCCAAUCUAUGGUGCGGAUAUAAAGCUGAGCGAGCAGCUAAACCCGGAUCCUCAGCGUUCAAAUGUUGUUGAUCUGUUUGCGGACGAGGAACCCGUGCGUGGUACGGACGAACCACCGAAGAAUGUCACGACAAAGCUUCAACCAGUAGAACCGAGGCCAAAAGUGGUGAAAAAGGAGGAACCAGACAGUGGGAUGGGCCUGGAUCUAGAAGCAUUCUUCGAUCAGAUCACUAAGGAUUACGAUGACGGUGAGGCCGAUCUGGACGAUGUGACUAUGAGCGAGGAAACGACGAAUGAGACGAUACCGCGUGAGGAUGACGAGAGUCAGUACCGACAGGCGGGUGAAGGACGAAGCAACACGGGGUCAGUUGAGUUGGUUAGCUCGAGUUCUUCUACUGCUGCACCACGUGCCGACGAAGAAACCUCAACGAAAGCAACGUGA